AUGGAAUAUAUUGAAAAUCAUGAUACACCUGAAAUUUGGUGGACAACUUAUGAUAAUCUUUUUGAUGAGAAUGAAAAUAAAGAUAAAAAUAAAAAUGAAGAUGAAGAUGAAGAUAAUAGUUUUGAUUUAGAUGAUAAAAAAGAUGAAACUAAUCUUAAUGAUUUAAUUAAUAGAUUUGAAUUUUUAUAA